GCAGUGCGCGGAGCUCCGGCGGUGCGUGGGGAACGCCGGCGCCGGCGGCGGCAGGAGCGGCUCAACCCGCAGCGCACACGGGAGGCAACACCAGAGGGGACACACCGCCGUCCACCGCCACCUUUCCCUCCGCGCCGCGCGCCGUCCUGCUCGGCCCCCGAGAGCGCUGCGACUGCGAUGUGAGCGCGAGGCUGCGGGAGGCCGGGCACUGGGAGAGCGUCCGGGGACCAAGUUUUCGGCCACUUGUGCAGGCGCCCCCUCCUAGCCCUCGCCAGUCCCUUCCCGCAGCCUGCCUGGCCCGGGUGCCCUUGGCUUCCUCGCGCGCCUAGCGGCCUCGUUUCCCGGCGACCAUGGUGACGAUGGACGAGCUGCGGGAGAUGGACUGCAGUGUGCUCAAACGGCUGAUGAACCGGGACGAGAACGGCGGCGGCGCGGGCGGCAGCGGCAGCCACGGCGCCCUGGGGCUGCUGAGCGGCGGCAAGUGCCUGCUGCUGGACUGCAGACCGUUCCUGGCGCACAGCGCGGGCUACAUCCGAGGCUCGGUUAACGUGCGCUGCAACACCAUCGUGCGGCGGCGGGCCAAGGGCUCCGUGAGCCUGGAGCAGAUCCUGCCCGCCGAGGAGGAGGUGCGCGCCCGCCUGCGCUCCGGCCUCUACUCGGCCGUCAUCGUCUACGACGAGCGCAGCCCGCGCGCCGAGAGCCUCCGCGAGGACAGCACCGUGUCGCUGGUCGUGCAGGCGCUGCGCCGCAACGCCGAGCGCACGGACAUCUGCCUGCUCAAAGGUGGCUACGAGAGGUUUUCCUCCGAGUACCCAGAAUUCUGUUCCAAAACCAAGGCCCUGGCAGCCAUCCCACCCCCGGUACCCCCCAGCACCAUGGAGUCCCUGGACCUGGGCUGCAGCUCGUGUGGGACCCCACUGCACGACCAGGGGGGUCCUGUGGAGAUCCUUCCCUUCCUCUACCUCGGCAGUGCCUACCAUGCUGCCCGGAGAGACAUGCUGGAUGCCCUGGGGAUCACGGCCCUGCUGAAUGUCUCCUCGGACUGCCCCAACCACUUUGAAGGGCACUAUCAGUACAAGUGCAUCCCAGUGGAAGACAACCACAAGGCCGACAUCAGCUCCUGGUUCAUGGAAGCCAUCGAGUACAUCGAUGCAGUGAAGGACUGCCGCGGGCGCGUGCUGGUGCACUGCCAGGCGGGCAUCUCGCGCUCGGCCACCAUCUGCCUGGCCUACCUGAUGAUGAAGAAGCGGGUGAGGCUGGAGGAGGCCUUUGAGUUCGUCAAGCAGCGCCGGAGCAUCAUCUCUCCCAACUUCAGCUUCAUGGGGCAGCUGCUGCAGUUCGAGUCCCAGGUGCUGGCCACGUCCUGUGCUGCAGAGGCCACCAGCCCGUCGGGCCCCCUGCGUGAGCGGGGCAAGGCCACCCCCACGCCCACCUCCCAGUUUGUCUUCAGCUUCCCGGUCUCAGUGGGCGUGCACUCGACCCCCAGCAGCCUGCCCUACCUGCACAGCCCCAUCACCACCUCCCCCAGCUGCUAGAGCCACGCUGGGGACCCCAGUGCCAGAGGUGGCUCUCAGCAAGGGGGGUGGGCAGCAAGUCGGGACUCACCAGCUGGGGGCAGGUGACCAAGCUCCUUCCACAUCCAUUCCUUCUUGGCCAGCCACGGGCCCAGCUAGAAUGGCAAUAAGGACUUUGAAUACACGUUAAAAGCAAACAAACAAAAUACUCCAAUUUAGAGCAAUAACGGCUGUCUCUGCAGCCAGGGAAGACCUUGGUCUGGUUUAUGUUUCAGUUUUGCUUUUCAGAUAGAAAUUUCUUACCUCAUUUUUUUAAGCAGUAAGGCUUGAAGUUAUGAAACCCACAGAUCCUGGCAAAUGUGCCCAAUGAGUUUUAUGAAGUGGGGAGUAGGGGGGAGGGAAAGGGAAAAGACAAGAAGGAAAGUUUGCCAGAAGUGCCUGGUCCUGUGUGCUGUCUCCCUGUUGUCGUCGUUGUAGUUCCAGGAAUUUUGUUUUUUAA